CGAUAAUCAAACGAAAAGAACAUGAACAAAAAGAACACGAGGAAUGAAUGAAGAUAGUAAAAUUACGAAAAACUUUCAAAGAACCCAAAGGAAAGCUAGAACGUUAAAGGAUUAACUAAUUCAAACCGAUCGAACGAAGAUAUUCUAAAAUGUUACCUUCUCUACGUCUUCUGCAUGGUAUUGCUUGUCCUGACCAUCGUCCACCUCAUUCAAGUUGUUUACGUCAACCGUGCAUCUUUUCUCAUCAACAUACUCAUCUUCAAUCGAUUCAAACACCUAUCACGAUCCCUGACGAGACCACUAUCACUGCUUCUCCAGUUCCUCGACUUAGUAAACGUGAAGGUCAAUUAAAAUCAAGUUUACUUAAACAAAGACAAGUGAUCAGUAGACCUGUUACUCAACCUCAAGCUCAACCGCGAUCUCAACCACAACCUCCACCGCAAAGUCUGAAAUCUCAUCCACCUUCAACUACACCUGCGGAUUCAUCUCGAUCAAAGAGUUCUAGCGCGGCUCCCAAUGCUCUGACUUCUCUAUUACCACCAGAUGCACCUCUCACACCACCUCGAAUCCAAAUCAACAAAUCAUCUAGCUCUCAUACUGCCAUUGCGGCACGUCAAAAACUACUAGAUACACUUUAUGCGGCUUUCUUAUCAUUAUAUGCGGCUUUACCUCAACGUGUUCAAUUAGGAGCAGCACAUAGAGAUGCAUUAAAACAAGAAGCAGAAUGCUUAAAAUCUACCUCAAGAUUAACUUAUCGAAAUGCGAUCAUCAAUAUAGUGGCCAGAUUACGUAAACGAAAACCAGCACCAGAAGGAAAAGAAGGAGUAUUAUAUUUUACAGGUACUCUUAGUGAAUUUGAUGAACGUCAAAUCUUAUUUGAAAAACUCAAACUAGGUACACAAAUGGCUUGGUUAGAACCUAAUCGAAUUGAAAAAUAUCUAUUAACCAAUGAAAAGAUGAUCGAAUUAGAUUAUGUGAUUGAAUUACCAGAUGAAGAUGAAGAUGUGGAAAUUGAUGCUAGUGGAACUGAACAAACUUGUGAAAGAUGUAAUGAAUCGUUUGUGGUUUCUAGGGUUAGGUUACCUGGUGAUGAAGAAGAAUGUUCAUUUCAUUGGGGUAAACAAGUCUUUGAAAGAAUUGACGCAUUCAUGAGAUUACCACCGAUUGGAGCUCAAACUACCAUACCUUUAGUAGCUCUAGACUGUGAAUUAGUUUACACAACAGCUGGAAUGUCAAUAGCUAGAGUCACCAUCAUUGUUCCUAAAACAACAUCGGAAGGUGGAAUCGAAUUUGAAAGUUUAUUAGAUGAAUUUGUUAGAUUACCCAAGUCGGUGAAAAUUAUUGAUCUUAAUACUAGAUUUAGUGGGAUUCAAUCGGAAGGUGAACUUGAAACCGCUAAAUUCGAUUUGAAUGAAUUAAGAGUAGAAUUAGUUAACUUAGGUGUUGAUUCUGGUACGGUGAUUUGUGGACAUGGAUUAGAGAAUGAUUUAAAGGCUCUUCGAAUUGUUCAUCAUAGAUGUAUUGAUACGGUUGAUCUUUUUCCGCAUCCUAGAGGUUUACCAAUGAGAAUGUCACUCAAAAAACUUUCUUCUAUAUUUUUAAACAAAACAGUCCAGAAUUCAGAUCCUGAAAUUGGACAUGAUUCAUUUGAGGAUGCUUCCAUUGCUUUAGAAUUAAUUAAAUAUAAGAUUGAACAUGAAUUAUAAAUCUUAUUAUAGUCAAAAGGUUUAUAAUUUACAAUAUGGGUCAAUAUGGGAGAUGUUUUAUGUUUUUUUUGCAACUUUGUUACAAGUAAGGAAUGGUUUGUCUUCUUCAUGAUUUCUUUUGCAUUGAUUUGGUCCAUAAUUUUUGGUUUUAUGGGUUCAGUAAUUUAUGUAGAAGCAGCUAUGUAUUAACUUCUUUGACUUGGACUUUUUUAGUUGAAAAUGAUAUCAUAAUAUCAAACUAAUACUUUUCAGACUCUUUGC